AUGGGAAUCGACAGAAGACACAGGGCAUCCCUCGCUCUUACUCUCAACUUUAUAGCCCUGGUCUUCUGUGUCACCGCCUUCAGUACCAGCUACUGGUGCGAAGGCACCAGGAAAGUAGUGAAACCUUUCUGUAAAACCAACGUAAAGGGAAAACAGAGCAACUGUAUCGAGUAUAACAGUCCGGACAAUAACGACAGCAGCGUGGUCCGGUAUAGCUGGGAGACGGGGGAUGAUAAAUAUGUGAUUUGUUAUUUUCACGCCGGUAUCUGGUUCUCCUGUGAAGAAAACAUCAGCGGGGAAGGGGAAAAAUGCCGAAGUUUUAUCCAUCUUACGCCGCCUGCUGAACGAGGUGUCCUCUGGCUGUCCAUCGUGGCAGAGAUUCUUUAUAUCCUCUUGCUGGUUGUUGGGCUCAGCCUCAUGUGCAUCGAGAUCUGCCACUACACAAAUGUGAUCGAUGGCUUAAAACUGAAUGCCUUCGCUGCCAUCUUCACCGUCCUAUCAGGUCUCCUGGGCAUGGUGGCCCAUAUGAUGUACACAACUGUGUUUCAAAUGACCGUCAACCUUGGUCCUGAAGAUUGGCGGCCACAGACCUGGGAUUAUGGGUGGUCAUACUGUCUCGCUUGGGGAUCAUUUACCUGCUGUAUGGCUGCAUCAGUGACCACAAUAAACACAUACACAAAGACCAUCCUCGAGUUCAAGCACAAAAGGAAGAAUUUGGAAAGAAGUUUAAAAACAAAACCCAAACUGAUUGAGCAUGAGGUACCAGCGGAGCGAGUCUGGGACAGGUACAUUAGCUCAGUGCCCAGCUCCACAGAGGAGUUCCUCGACCUCUCCAGUAAUGGCCGCAAGAUGUCCAGUGGUUCCGUCUUCGCCGAUCUCAAUGACAUUCUGGAUGCACAGGGUGAAGAAUACUGCUGAGAUUUCUGGGACAUUGUGCCAGAUAGGUUCUAGAUAUCAUCUAUAUGUUCUGGAAGGUUCUCUCUUACUAUUUCCUUUUCUCCUCAAGUUUAUAAUGUCACACAUCAGGCAUUAUCAUGACAGAAUGCAAUAAGCAUAUCUGUUACACUCUGCCUCUCUGACCAACUGUACUGUUGCACUUCGAUUGGCAAAGAUCCCUGGCAAUGGAGGGAAAUAGCCACAGCUAAUCGCUGGUUUACAGAUCUUACUAACUUUGUUUGUGUGUGGUGUCCCAGAAUGAAAAAACUGGGAAAUAAGAUUACUGGUUU